ACUGAUGUAUGUGAAAGGAAGACUGCUUCAGAUAGAAUUAGGAACAAUUGCCUUGGUUCAUCGUCUGGGAGGUUUCGAACUGUUUUAAUAGCACAAUAGGUUUUUUUUUUUUUUUUCCAUUGCUGGUUUCAAGGACGAGUUAGAAGAUAAAACCAAUGAAGGAAAGAAGACAAAGCCAGAAACUAUUUAACAUGUCCGGAAUGGAUCCUAACCAGAGUGUAAAGUGUAAAAUAGUAGUGGUGGGAGAUAGCCAGUGUGGAAAAACUGCUUUACUUCAUGUGUUUGCUAAGGACUGCUUUCCUGAGAACUACGUUCCUACAGUGUUUGAGAAUUACACAGCCAGUUUUGAAAUCGACACUCAGAGAAUUGAACUGAGUCUCUGGGACACUUCAGGGUCCCCUUACUAUGACAACGUGCGGCCUCUCUCCUACCCGGACUCUGAUGCUGUUCUCAUUUGUUUUGAUAUAAGCAGGCCUGAAACCCUUGACAGCGUCUUGAAGAAGUGGAAAGGUGAGAUCCAAGAGUUUUGUCCUAAUACUAAAAUGUUACUAGUGGGAUGCAAGUCCGAUCUCCGCACCGAUCUCAGCACGUUAGUAGAGCUGUCCAAUCACAGACAAACACCAGUGUCAUAUGAUCAGGGUUCCAACAUGGCCAAGCAGAUUGGAGCACCAUACAUAGAGUGUUCAUCUUUGCAGUCGGAGAACAGCGUAAGGGACAUUUUUCACGUGGCCACCCUGGCAUGUGUAAACAAAACAAACAAAAAUGUCAAACGCAACAAGUCAACAAGGGCAACCAAGAGAAUUUCACACAUGCCGAGCAGGCCAGAUCUGUCCGCAGUCACCUCAGAAUUGAGGAAGGACAAAGCAAAGAGCUGCACAGUAAUGUGAGGAAUCUGAACUGGAGGGACGGAAUUCCAAUACUUUUAUGGACAAGAAAGGCGGCUGGUGAAGAUUCAAUGAGGUGCACUGCCCCACAGGUGUGAAACAAGGGGUUUGUCAGCACUUAAUGUUCUUUACCCUUGGUUGUGGUUUUUUAUAUGCUUUACAACUGAGCAAAGAGCUGGUAUUAAGGGUGUAAUUGAAGCAAAAAAAAGUGUCUUCACAGUUUCUGAAAAAAAGUCAAAUACAAAAAAAACCCACCUUAAAAGGCCUCAAACUAAAUAAAAUUAUAUGAACUCUAAAAAGUGGACAUUUUAUAAUUCACUCCAAAUGUAUCUGCCUUUUACUUGAGCAGUCACAUCUGACCCAAUUUCCUCCAUUAACAGGAAAUGACCUCAUUCUGUUGUAGCUUCUGGAAGUGACAUCUUGACCAUUUGGGAGUUUAGCAGGAAAAUGUCAGUACUGCCAGUUUCUUCAGGAAGAGGUGUGGAUUGAUGUUCUCUAAGCAGCAUAGUUUCCUGAAGGAAAUGUGAAAAGCACAACCUUUUGAGGUUGCUUCAUCUCUCUCCUGGUCGGAUGAUUCCUCACCGAUCUAAAAACGUACUGUAGUCUGCUGUGGACUUCAACAAAAUGGAUUUUAUGUGCAGGUUCCGCAUCCCAAUGGUGCAGGACACAGGGCAACAGAUGCCAAAUGUCAGAUGAUCACUGUGGUUUAAUCCAGUUUAAGACUGCAUUUUGUUGUGUGGGUGUGUGUGGGGGCUUUUGUUUUCCCUUCAUUUUGUAACCAACUUCUCAUAGAGAAAUAGGUGGCUUAAGUUUUCGUUCUGUAUGAAAAUUAAUUGUGCACCAUCACAAAAUGUCUGAAAGUACAUCCAAUUUACUAGACAAAAUACAAUAAGCUUUUGAGGAAAAAAAUAAAAUCUGUUUUCAUAUCGUACUGUGCUGUAUUGUAACAUAACCAAGAACAGAUUUUUUUGUUUGUUUUUUUUGUCAGUACCCAAAGAGUUUUCAGAGUUCUCAGAGUUUUUCAGAAGUCUACAGGGUAGUACUGUGGGUGUAUCCAAUCCCAUUGCUCAAGUCAAUCAGCAUUGCUGUCAUUUGCCGAUAUACAAACAGGGGAUCAUUGCUAGUACAGUAGUACAAGACAGCAAGAAGUUGCCCAAGUAUAGUCAAUACAUUUUCUAAAUGUUUUUAAGGUAUGGCACUAACUAUUUAACUAAAUUCUUUAUAAACUUCGCAAGGACUGAAGAAUCCUUUGCACCUGACAUUUUAUUUCUUAUGGUUUCCUCAGCUAUGCAACAGUAUCAUAUCUGUAUGGCUCAGUUUGACAAAACAAAUUAAUCUUUUCAGUCUUUAAUGCCAUUGGUUGAAGGGCACUGCUGCCUAUGGUACAUUUAUAAGAGCCAGUUGAAAAGAAAACAGGUUGAUUUUAAUAAUAUAUCACUACGUAACACUUCAUUUUAUAAAGGUUUUUUUGGGGGAAUAUCCGAAUAGGAAGCAUAGACCGGGUACUGAACACAGAUAAAGCUCCAAUAUUCAACAUGUAACAGUUCUCAUAGUUGCACUUUGUUUUGUUUUGCAAGAAGAUAAUAACAAUAUCGUUCCAGUAUUUAUAAUACCCCACUUGACUGGGGAUGUUUAAUUCUAAACUAUGCUUUCAGAUUGGUGCUUCAGUAUCCUUAAGGGCAGUAUUAUAAACUAGCUGGCAAGCUCUUUCUGUAUUUAAAUGUAAAGAAGAAAAAACAAAAUUACCAUUGAGCAUCAUCACCUUUUUUUUUAUUGUUGAUGUUUCUGUAGUAUUUAUUGAAGUAUAAUAUUUUCCCUUGAAAUAAAUACAAAAAUAAAUUGUA